AUGGCCAGCCCGAUCGCCAGCACCUCAAGGACUACCCUCGGCAGCUUGCUGAGGAGCUCGCUUCCUUCCAAGACCGCCGCUCCUCGCUCCACUCUUCUCACUCGUGGUCUGGCCACCGAUGCUCAGCCUUCCUCUACAGAAGCGGCCGCCGCAGCCGUCGAAGCCGUCGCUGCUGCUCCUCAGUCCGCCGAAACCAACACCGCCGACGAUGCGCUCGAAAAGCGUCGCCUCAGGCGCACCGUCAUGAACCAGCUCUCCGACCUCGGCAGCACCCAGACACGCGCCAACUCGUUCCGACCGCACAAGCUGCGUCUCAAUCCCAUCGACGCGCACAAGCUCACGCUCAGUCACCUUGUCGCCUCUACCGCCCAGGUCGGCCACUCGCUCUCCUCGCUGAAAUCGGCUAACCAGCCCUACAUCUAUGGUCAGCGUCACGGCGUUGCCAUCUUCGAUCUGGAACGCGCGACGCUUCCGGCGCUGCGCAGAGCCGCGUCGGUAGUCAAGGCGGUUGCUGAGCGCGAUGGUGUUGUGUUGUUUGUCGGCACUCGUCCUGGUCAGCAAGCGGCUGUCUUGGCUGCAACCAAGAGGCUGGGCAGCAAUGGCUUCCAUGUGACUGCCGAGAGAUGGAUGCCAGGCGUCAUCACAAACGCGCCCAAGCUGCUUGCGUCAGCGAUCCUCAAGUCCAUGGACGACAUCGACCCGUCCGGCGCGGGCAACACCAACCGACUCGCCUCGCAAACCCUCCAGCCGGAUCUCGUCAUCGUACUCAACCCCGUCGAGAACUCGUUUGCGAUCCGAGAGGCUACCCAGGCCAACAUCCCCACCAUCGCCAUCACAGACUCGGACGUCGACCCGAGGUCCGUCACCUACCCGAUCCCGGCUAACGACGAUUCCAUUCGCAGCGUCGAGCUCAUCAUCGGCGUGCUGUCCAAGGCUGGCGAGGAAGGGCUCAAGGUGAGGGCGAAGAAGUUGGACGAGGCUGACAAGAUCGAACGCAAGGUCAACAGGACGCUCCAGAGACGCAUCGAGGGCGCCAACUUUGAUCCUCGCACCCGAUCGCAGCCGAGCCAGAUGAGGCGCGAGUCUGAGCAGGACGACUAA